CACUCGAAAAUUUUUAAGCUUUUACUGUAUAUGUCUUUAAAAAAGGCGGUUGCUAACAAGUGGCUAAAUGAGACUAAUAAACGACAUCACAAAAAUCAUAAGAGUGGUGUUCAUUUGUGAAGAUUAUCUUGCUGAACAAAACAUAUAAGUAUCAUAAACGUGUGUUUACCACUGAGAUCAUUUUCUGCAAUAAUCCAAAACCCAAUGGAAAAAUCCCAUUGGCUUUUUGUUGAAGGAACCAAGGGCGAUGCUAACUUCCUGGUUGACCAACAAAAAUACGUCAUGGGGCACUCUAUAUGGCCUGGUAAAAUGUCAUAAUGGUACAGAGUAAUGAUGUGUUUUAUAAGUUAUGAGCCUUUCUGAAUUGCUCCAAUAAUUUUUUUGACUUUGAAAUGUUGAUGUUCAUCAUGUAUUGUAUUUUUGUGUCCUCUUUAAUAUCUUCUGUUUGCUGGUGUUGUGUGACAAAUGUGUUGACAGGUCUAGCUUUGUAGAGUAAAAUCUCCCCAUGGGGACAAUAAAGCAUAUAUCUACGUAUCAUAUCACCACAUUUCAUAUGUACGUCAGCUUCUGUGAAUAUCUGUGAUGCCCGGCAUUGACUGUAAACAAAUAACUCCAUCAUAUUCUUGUAUAAACAUUCACCAAUUAGGCGAGGCAGCCACAGAAUGGGUUGUAAAAAUUACUAAAUGGAUCAAGUUGUGGAAAAGAAAAUCUGUGGGAAUCAAGAUCCUGAGUGCGAUAAACGAGUGAGUGAAAUCUGACUGCUGGCAUGGGAAAGCAUAAGUGGCUGUGUGGGCUUUUGAAAUGAUGACGCUCUCAGAGCUCUUUCCCCUGGAGAAUAAUGGGAUGAAAUGUGGAGAGGCUGAGCACAAGGAAAAGGCACACAGAGCUACGCGGCUUUUUCCAGAGACACACACCAGAGACACACACCAGAGCCAGCGGUGUCUCCCCAUCAGUCCCUGAGAGCACACAGAAUGAAUAUAUUUUUCAAUUUGAGGGGGACGAUUGUGAGGCAAAUAGCAGAGGACAGAUCUCUUGCAGAGGUAGCCAUGAGCCCUCCACGCCGAUCUUCAAGCCCUCCACGGCGAUCUUCAAGCCCUCCACGCCGAUCUUCAAGCCCCCCACGCCGAUCUUCAAGCCCCCCACACCGAUCAUCGAGUGUCCAUGAUGACAGGCCCUCCACCGAGACCCUGCAGAGGAACAACAGCAGCAACUCUGGCGUUAUUCUGGACAUCUCGGCUCUCAAGAUGGCUGAAGUGGACUCUGAGGUGCCUCCUCUUCCACCUCGCUAUCGCUUCAGGGAUUUGCUGCUGGGGGACCAGACAUUUCAGAAUGAUGACAGGUAUCAAGAGGAGUACAGUAUGGACUCAACCAAUGCCCAGGUGCAAGUGGAGUUCUACGUGAACGAAAACACCUUCAAGGAGAGGCUGAAGCUUUUCUUCAUCAAAAACCAAAGGUCAAGCCUGAGAAUCCGCCUGUUCAACUUCUCACUGAAGGUUCUCACCUGUGUCCUCUACAUAGUGAGGGUCAGCCUGGAUAACCCCAAUGAGGUCAACGACAACUCAAGUGCAAUAUGUCUGAGCAACAACAAUACUGCAAACACUUCAGGAAUCGACUGGUCUCUGAUUUUCUGGGUUACCAGAUGGAAAUCUGUAUGGGCGAUACAGGUGACGGUGGCCUUAAUCAGUUUCUUGGAGGCCAUACUUAUCACAUAUCUCAGCUACAAGGGGAAUAUUUGGGAGCAGAUCUUCCAGAUAUCCUUCAUAUUGGAGAUGAUCAAUUCAGUGCCAUUUAUAAUCACAAUCUUCUGGGAACCAUUGAGAACCAUAUUCGUUCCUGUGUUUCUGAACUGCUGGCUAGCCAAAGGUGCCCUGGAGAACAUGAUCAAUGACUUCCAUCGUGCCAUCCAGAGGACCCACUCUGCCAUGUUCAACCAGGUGUUCAUCCUCAUCUGCACCUUGCUGUGUCUGGUUUUCACUGGAGCUUGUGGGAUCCAGCAUCUAGAGAGAGCCGGGAAGCACCUGACCCUGUUUGACUCGUUCUAUUUCUGCAUCGUCACCUUCUCAACUGUGGGCUACGGGGACGUCACGCCACAGAUCUGGCCCUCCCAGCUACUGGUGGUCAUUCUCAUCUGUGUUGCGCUGGUGGUCCUCCCACUGCAGUUUGAAGAGCUAGCGUACCUGUGGAUGGAGAGUCAGAAGUUAGGAGGGAACUACAGCCGCCAUCGGGCGCAGACGGAGAAGCAUGUGGUGUUGUGUGUCAGCUCGCUGAAGAUCGACCUGCUGAUGGAUUUCCUCAACGAGUUUUACGCUCACCCGAGACUACAGGACUACUAUGUGGUGAUCCUGUGUCCAACGGAGAUAGACAUUCAGGUUCGCCGUAUCCUCCAAAUCCCUCUGUGGUCCCAGAGGGUUAUCUACCUUCAAGGGUCUGCCCUCAAAGACCAGGACCUGAUGCGGGCCAAGAUGGAUGAUGCUGAGGCCUGCUUCAUCCUCAGCAGCAGGAACGAGGUCGACAGAACUGCUGCUGAUCACCAGACUAUUUUGAGGGCUUGGGCUGCGAAAGAUUUUGCACCAAAUUGCCCCCUCUACGUCCAAAUUCUGAAACCAGAAAAUAAAUUCCAUGUUAAGUUUGCAGAUCAUGUAGUGUGUGAAGAGGAGUUCAAGUACGCCAUGUUGGCGCUGAACUGUGUGUGUCCGGCCACGUCUACCUUAGUCACACUCCUGGUCCACACCUCCAGAGGACAAGAGGGACAGUUGUCACCGGAGCAGUGGCAGAGGAUGUAUGGACGCUGCUCCGGAAACGAGGUCUACCACAUCAGGUUGUGCGACAGCAAGUUUUUUGGGGAGUAUGAUGGAAAGAGCUUCACCUACGCCUCCUUCCACGCCCACAAGAAGUAUGGUGUGUGUUUGAUCGGAGUGAAGAGGGAGGACAACAAGAGCAUCCUCCUGAAUCCCGGCCCCCGCCACAUCAUGGCCGCCGCCGACACCUGCUACUACAUCAAUAUCACCAAGGAGGAGAACUCGGCCUUCAUCUUCAAACAAGAGGAGAAGCACAACAAAGGCCUGACGGUCAGCGGCCUCUACGACGCCCCCUCCAGGCUGCCCGUGCACAGCAUCAUCGCCAGCAUGGUUGAUCAGGCCACUGCAUAUGGCACUGUAGCCAUAGAUCUCCAGAACCCCGAUCCCCCCGAGGAAAGCGGCAAGCUGACCUUGCCGACGGAGAACGGCUCCGGAAGCCGCAGGCCGAGCAUCGCGCCUGUACUAGAGAUCGCCGACUCCUCCGCUAUUCUGCCCUGCGACCUCCUCAGCGACCAAUCAGAGGAUGAGACCACCCAAUCAGACGAGGAGGGCUCUGUAGGGUCAGAUUUUGUGAAGGGCUACCCUCCCAACUCGCCCUACAUCGGCAGCUCUCCAACUCUGUGCCACCUCCUGCCACAGAAAGCUCCGUUCUGCUGCCUUCGCCUCGACAAGCGCUGCACACACAGCAGCUUUGAGGAUGCCAAAGCAUACGGCUUCAAGAAUAAGCUGAUUAUAGUGUCUGCAGAGACGGCGGGAAACGGUCUCUACAACUUCGUCGUCCCUCUGCGCGCUUACUAUCGGCCCAGGAAGGAGCUCAACCCCAUAGUGCUGCUGCUGGACAAUCAGCCAGACAACCACUUCUUAGAGGCCAUUUGCUGCUUUCCAAUGGUUUACUUCAUGGCUGGCACGAUCGAUAACUUGGACAACCUGCUACAAUGUGGGAUAAUCUACGCUGACAACUUGGUGGUUGUGGACAAGGAGAGCACCAUGAGCGCUGAGGAGGACUACAUGGCAGACGCCAAGACCAUCGUCAACGUGCAGACUAUGUUCAGGUUGUUCCCCAGUCUCAGCAUCAUAACUGAGCUCACACACCCGUCCAACAUGAGGUUCAUGCAGUUCAGAGCCAAGGACUGCUACUCACUCGCUCUCUCCAAACUGGAGAAGAUAGAGCGUGAUAAGGGCUCCAACUUGGCCUUCAUGUUCCGGCUGCCGUUUGCUGCAGGCAGGGUGUUCAGUAUCAGCAUGUUGGAUACACUGCUUUACCAGUCGUUUGUUAAGGACUAUAUGAUCGGUAUUGCGAGGCUUCUUCUUGGUCUGGACACCACGCCUGGCUCUGGGUAUCUGUGUGCUAUGAAGAUCACAGAGGAGGACCUGUGGAUCAGGACUUACGGCAGACUCUUCCAGAAGCUUUGUUCCUCCAGCGCUGAGAUCCCCAUAGGGAUCUACCGCACCGAGUCGCACAUGUUCUCAACCUCAGAGAGCAAGGACAGUAACGCACAGUCUCAGAUGUCCAUCAACAUGCAGCAGGGUGAGGAGCAUUGUGAACGUGAAGAGUCCUGGAAGGAGAAGAAGGCCCACAGAAACUCCACCACGAGCAACCAGUCGGAGCACCCGCUGCUGAGGAAGAAGAGCAUGCAGUGGGCACGGCGGCUGAGCAGGAAGAGCACCAAACCGUCCAGCAGAGCAGAGCGUAUCUCGCAGCAGAGACUCAACUUGUACCGACGCUCCGAGCGACAGGAGCUGUCUGAGCUGGUCAAGAAUCGCAUGAAGCACCUGGGCCUGCCCACCGUGGGAUACGAGGAUGUUUCUAAUCUCACUGCGAGCGAUGUCAUGAAUCGAGUAAAUCUAGGAUAUUUGCAAGAGUUGCAGGACAUUUCAGAGCACCCGUAUACAGAGGGGACCAGGCCGUCAGGGCCACAAGCAGACGAGAUGAACGACCACCAGAACACGCUGUCCUACGUCCUCAUUAAUCCUCCUCCCGACACCAUGCUGGAGCUCAACGACAUUGUGUACAUUAUCCGGUCCGACCCGCUGGCCCACAUGCCAGAGGACUCCCAGGUGGGACAGGCCCGCAGCUCCAGACAACGGCAGGACUUUGGCACGGAGACGAGAGACGAGACUCACCUCUGAAACUCCCCUCACAGUCCUCGACACCCUCACACCUUAACCUCCGAGCCCCCGCCCGGGGCCGACGGAGCAUGUUUGUCUCACCACAGAUGAAGGCUUGUCUCGGGGCCAAAAACAGCAGUCCAUAGUGAAUGUCCAUUAUGUGUCUCUCAGCCUCAGAUCAGAAGUAUUCCACAUUUAUCAAAGACGGCCCUGAGAGACCUGCUGUUUCCCCCACUGAGCUGCUACAGGAGGACGCAUGAAGAGUGCCUCGCCAUCGACCCCCCCCCCCCCCCCCCCGACUCCCAUCGCACACCUUGUGUACUCGCACACGUCACCCUCGCACCAGGCACAGGAAACGGCUCCCUCCUUUCCAACCAAAGGACCGAGACAUUUGAUGGAUGUUUACGAGAGGUCUUUAAGGAGGUUUAUGUGCACACCAGGAUAUCAAAUCAUUUCACUCAGGGGUGAAGUUGCUCUCGUGCCACGACUUCCUCUUCGCCAGUUUCUGCCUAAACUCACAAAGAACUGACUCUCGGGGCAACUGCACCCUCCGCCACAUCUUAACAGUCGUGUUUUUCUACAAGUAAAUGCUCUGAAUUUCUAACAAUUCAAGCAUUUACCGUGAAAUUACAGUACAUGUGCACUUUUUCUUAAUUUAUUACAAAUGUCUGUUUGGUUUUUUGUCGGUUUCUAAUCAGACAGGGUUUUCAUUUUCUUUAUGAGCACAAACUUUUUUACGACAUCUGUGAAUAUACACACUGUAGUUUAUCAGCCAUAUUAGAGUUAUCAGCAUUUCUCUCUUUGUUGUGUUGUUUUAGACACUGAUUUCUUUUUUUUUUGUGGUUAUUGUUGAAUAAUGAAUAUUGUUAAUUUAUUUCACUAUUAUAAGUGUCGUAAAUCAUAUCUGCUAUACACUAUGUGCCACUUUAUUUGUUUACUCUAUUGCUUUGUAAAUAUCUUAUGUGCCAUUUGCAUCUGUUUUGUGAUUAUAUAUCAGUAUUAUUUUUUAUUUUAGAGCCUGACCGGGGCCGAUAUUAUCAGCUGAUUUUAGUUUAUCAAAGAUACGUCAGGCUGAAGGCUGAAAAGAUGAAACAAAAAUCUAAUAUUUCUAUAUUUAUAUUUCAUGUUUGCCCACAACACGUUCUACUUCAUUUAAUGUCUAUUUAGAGUCUUAUUUUUCGUAGCUGAACUUGAGCAUAUUCAUGUUUUAUUAGUGUUAUGUUUUGACACGUUUUUGUAUUCAAACGUAAAAUGUACGACUUGUCGGUAAAUUAUCUUGGUCACAACUAUUUCAUAACCAGAUUUAAAGGAAUAGAUUGAAAUGUUGGGAUAUAACUUUGUGAAAAAUAGCAAAUAAGCUUAAGGCCUUUACACACCGGGGCGUGACGAUUACACGUCAAGAAAAUAGGAAAUAUUAAUUUGCCUGCGAAUAUUACGAUUCAAAACUAUUCAUACCGGCAGCGAUGUGAAUUUGUGACAGUUGCAGCACUUUUUCAAUAACUAUUUUGAAUAGUUACCAACUACUGGGAGAACACCCAGUGAGAGAGCCAGAGCAGCAUCUGGCAGUCUGUCCGAGGUAAAUUGUUGUAAAUCCUAAACUACCAUAAGCUAUUUUAUUGAGUUUCCUUUUAGCAAAAUGCUCAGAGUGAAUUUGACACCGGUUAGCAGUUAAUCAGUGUAUAUGUCUCGGGCUUUUAUUGUGAAAGGUAAGAAUGUAAGGAGUCGAUCUGGUCUGCGCUGCUGUAUGUGUAUGUUUUGAUUAUGUUUGUUCUGCAUAACAUGAUUGGUUGAUGCUUUUAUUUGCAUUUGCAUAUCAGAAAAAAUUACCUUGUUCCGGAAAAAAAGUCACUUUGCCGCAAAUAUUUGCGUUCUGUGUGAAAGUAUUCACGAUAAAAACAACAGUUCAACGAAUUAAUCGCACGAAGAAAAACGCCCCCGGUGUGUGAACGCCUUUAGAUGAGAAGCUCGACACCACUCUCAUAUCUGAGAGUGGUAUCAAUCUUCUCCUCUAACUCUCAGAAAGAAAGCCAAGAAGCGUAUAUUCCAGAUUGUCAAACAAUUACUUUUAAAGUUUUAUCAGAAAUAUUUGUUAAAAUACAAAUAUAUCAAAUUCAAAAACCCCAGUAUCAGUCAGGUUCUAGUAUUUUUAUUGAUUUACUCUUUUCACCUUUAACUCGUUAACGUUGGUAAAUAUUCAUUCAUAUCGUGAUCCUCCAGUUUCAUAACUCUUAAACGAGUAGCAGAAUCGUUUUGCACAGACGGCGACGGGCACAGUCAAGUCCAUUUCUAUCAUGUAAUCUGUUUCUAGAUAUUUGGAACAUACUUGAGCUCAAAGUGCUCCCCCUCUCCAAAUUGUACAGGCCACACCUUGUGUGUAAGGCAGUAUUUAACCUUGAUUUAUGUAACGUUUUGUUUAUGAUCACUGUAAAUAGUAACUUUAUAUAUCGUUUGCCGUUUUUGUUCUUUUUGUUUCGGUCUCUUCUGUGUGAUAAAAAGUGAAAGAGGACUUGAACUAUUUUUGCACUAAGCUCUGCGGGGGGGGACGUGUAGAGCAUUACGGCAUGACCCUUUAAUGUUGAAUCCGUGCAACGCGGUGGACAGUAUUCAACCAUUCCUGUGAAGCAAAGACAGGUCAAACGUGCAGUACUCAUGCGUUUUGUUGUUUUGAUUUUACCCUGCAGAUGUUUGAAAGGCGGAUUUUGGUGCCAUUUUUAUUUAUCUGUUAAAGAAUUAUGAAGUGAAGUAUUGAUGAAGAAGUAAUCUCAGAUGGAUUUGUUUUUUUCCUCUUUGCCAAUUUUUUGUUUGUUUAUGUUUAACAGUUUGCAAAAAGAUCUUUGCUCAGCGGGCCCCUCACAAGUGUCAGUUUACAGGACAGGAGAGCUGAGGAGUGAAAAACGCGAGUGACCACGACGGAAGAGACGAUCGGUGUGCCGAACCAUUCAUUUAACGUCUUCCUCGGUCUUCACUCUUUAAGAAAAAUCUUAACACUCCACUAAAGAGUUCACUUCAGAUCUCUUACUGUCCAUACUUACAAAUACCACAAGGGGCAUGUUAACACUAAACAGCAUGUUUUGAUAUAAAAGCUUGCCAAGAACCAAACAUUUUGUACAUUUAGUGGGAUGUUCCCAUGGCUAGAGAAAACACAUAAUCCAAUAAGUCAACUGCUUGCAAGUUGGAGCCAUUAUUUGAUACUGUGUAUUUAUAUGAAUGGAACAUGCAUGUUGUGUCCAGGUGUUAUCAAAAAGCCUACGUAUUCUGUUUACCUCCAUUUUAUGUUUUUAAGUCAUUGUCAAAAAGGGGUUGAUCCAUUUUGUACUAUUUCUUAUGAGAAGCGAGUGUACUUCUCCACGUAUAAAAUAUGAACAAAUAAAUGCUGCAUGCAGCCAGAUACUAUGAACGAAAA